UUUUUGUCCUGCAUCAUCUGCAGCUGCGAGGUUGAUUAGCCAGUGUAAGACUAUAAACUUGCCAAUUUAUACUUUGUCUGUUUAUAUGGCAUUGGUAAUGGGUAAAGGAGCAUGUGAAAUUGUUAGGUUGUUAGCUUCACAUGGUGACGCGCGCCCCUCCCGGCGCGCGGCAGUCUUUUAUUUAGUACAUUCAGUAGACAGUUUCAUCCGCGCCGGACUUGCACGUUGACGCGUGUGUACAAAAUCGUAGCUCAUGGGAUAACCUGCUUCCCCUUGCAGUUAUAAACAUUACUAUAUUCAUGAAAGUGACUUAUUGGAAAGUUUUAUUGGAUUACGUUUUCUGAUCAACAUUCUGUUCAUGUUUUUCUGGAAGAGAAGAUCAUGUGAAUUAGCGGUAAGCAUGGAAGAAGACAGUACAACAAGCGCUGUCGAGGACCAAGAUCCGCCCUUGGUCGAGGUUCAGACGAAUGAAGAGAGCCCCGGCCAGCGCGAGGCGUCCACUGGCAGCGACGGGCUCGCUACCAACGGCAGCGCUACCCUCACUAAUGAUGAGAGCGGGGUCGGUUUGGAUUCCGUAGACGACUGCAACAAAAAUGUGACGACAGAAUCAUUAGUGGACCACGAGCCUUGCGAAGUGAAUGAUGACGCUCGUUCUUUGGGUGAUUUAGACAGCCUACCGGCUGGUGAUGAGUUAGUCUUAGGCGCGGCGGGAAGCGACAGCGGUGUCGAAGGAUGUGGCCGAGCGCUUAGCAGCGGCGGUGGCUCCCGCUCUUGUGCUUCCAGUGUUGUCUCAUGCGGGUCGGGCUGCGGCUCAGAGAGCUCAUCGGUCGCCGGCGCACCGCCGCGGCCCCGCCGUAGGGUCAACGUUACCGUCACCGAGCCGAAACGGAGCUCACCCCUCGGCGCCUCCACUCCUCGUCCCGUCACCGCGCCGCGCGGCCCCAACCUAGCAACCAGAGAACGCGCCAGAAGUAGAGAGAAACCGACUCCGCCCGAGAAACCGCGGCCUCUCACGCCGAAGCCGCGAAUCCGUCCCACCGGUGAACUGCCGAACCUCGUCCGCGAGAGUCCCGCAUUACGAGCGAAACCAACCAAGACUUCAACGGCACGAUGCCGGACGCCUAACUCCCCUAGCGAGGAGAAGAGAUGGCCUUCAAACGGACCACGGCUGACGACCCCGACGGACUCUAGCGCGACGCGUGUAGCCGCCGACAAAUAUGGAACGUUGCCGCGUAGGAGGCGUGAAAACGGCGAACCGGACGGUUCGCCCAAACACGACAUCACACCGCCGACUUCCAGGCGGCCCACCAUCACGCGGUCGGUCUCCACGCGCUUCACGACAAAGGCGCGCGUGAGGAUCUACGCGGAGAAGAAUUGCCAAACUGUGCUACUAGGAACUGACGUGGAAUCGGCUUUAGCCGGAAUAACGCCUAACAUUGAAUGUAGCCGCGAGAUAUCCCGGUGUCACCGCGGCGUGCAGGCGAGCGCGCGUGACACGGAGACGACGCGGCUGGCGGCGGCGGCUGCGGCGGCCGAGGCUGCGGCGGCGGAGGAGCGCGAGCGCCGGCAGCACGCCGAGGCGCAGCUGGCCGCCGAGAGAGCCGCGCGACUCGCCGCUAUUGCGGAGCUAGAGAGGAACUCGCAGCGGCUGCUGGAGCUUGCUGGGGCUGGCGCCGGGGCGGGUGCCGAGGGGUGCCUGCGGGCUCUAGAAGAGCAGCUACGCGCAGCGGGCGAGCUGGCGGCGCGGCAGCGCGGCGACAUCGACGCGCUACGCGAGCACUGCGACCGCCUGCAUCACGAGGCAUGUUCGGCGCGCGAGUCCGCCCGCGUCCUGGAGGCGCGCCUGGCCGAGGCCGAACGCGAGGCAGCGGAAAUGCAGGAUUUCCUGGCCGCGGAGACGGGCGCGCUCGGAGAUUCCCUGCGCGAAGCGGAGGCCGAACUCGCGCGCGCUAACAAGGACCUUGAUCGACGACGCGCAGAAUGCAGGCAGCUCGUGCGCAUGUGCGAGCAGCGGCGCCAAGAAGCCCUGGGCGCUGCGGCGCGCGCGCGCUCCGGCGGCGGCGCCGCGCAUGCGCUAGACGCGCUGUCACGGCGGCUGGCGAGACUUACCGAUGCGGUGGCCAGAGCUUACGCCUUGCCUAGGCACGCGCUAGAGCCGCAGGUCUACCAUAACGACGCCUUCAGCCGCAGCGACAGCGGAGAAGCGUUGUCGCCGGACGAGGAGCGCGGCGGGCUGCUCACGGCCGUGGCAAAGGCGCUCCGCUCCGCGCCGCCGCCCGCGCCCGCGGCCGCGGCCGACGACGACCGCUCGCGCGUCUCCGACGACAACGACAACUCCGCCGACCUGCUCGACUCCGAGACCGAGCCGUGCCUCGUUACCGACCCUGAAUGCGCGGAAGAGUGGUGGUCGGGCGCGGAGGCGGGCGGCGCGUGGAGCGGCGAGGAGCUGUCCCCGGAGCGCGAGUCCUGCGACCCCGACUCCACCUCCGAGCGGGACUCGCUGCGCAACCUCUCGGCCGCCAUCGCACAGCGGCACCGCUCCGAGGCCGAGGAUGCGGAGCGCGGCACGUUGUUGGAGCGCGUGCUGGCGCUGGAUAACCGUCUGAGUGAACUGCUGAGAGCGCUGCGCUUGGCCGCCGCGGCCGCCGCUGUCACUGAUGACGCCGACUCAAUGAGGCUCGCGCAGGCGCUCAAAGACAAGAUAGACGUGACGGAGAAGAGCGUGGCGGACGUGGUGGUGAAGAAGCUGGCCGAGCUGGACGCCAGCAAGAACAUGAUGGAACAGUACCGCCAGUCCGUAGAAGCGCUCAAAAAACAAUUGGCACAAACCGGUGAAGACGAUGACUUGGAUUUCGUCGAGGAGGAGCUGUCGGCGUGCUCGGAGGGCGAGCGGCGGCUGCGCUACGAGGCGCUGGACGCGGCGCUGGGCGCGCUCGCGGGCCGGCAGCCGCUGGUGCGCGCCUGGCCGCGCCUCGCCGCGCUGCAGCGCCGCCUCGAGCGCCUCGCCUUCGCCGUCGCCCUCCCUCCCGCCGCCGUCGCCGAGCCGCGCCGGCCCGUCCAGCCCGCCCCGGCGCCGCUCCACACCACCGCCUAAAUCACUGUUUCUUAGGGCCAUCCUACACUCGCGUAUCAUGAGCUUCGGCGUCUAGUCGACUCUAUGGCUGAUGCUUGACGCAACGUUGACGCAAAUACGCUGUGACACCAUUUUCCAUAGCGCUGAACGGACGCCGAUGCCAGUAUGGGAUCUCUCUUAACCAGUGAUACGCGGGCCCCUGGUGGUUACUGUGGAAACACCGAAAGGGUCCCCGAAUUUGAAUAAGUACAUAUGUACAACCUCUUGUUGACAUUCAUUAUUCGUCGUAGGUGUUUACUUCCAAAGAGUUGGUGGUCCUAUCAAAAUAAAAAUAUCGAGUGGUUCCUUAUCACAAAAAAAUUAAGAACCACUAUUUAAUCUAGCUCGUCCUCUAGGAGCGAGAGCGUCGCACGAGCCACGUCUACGCAUAUUUCGAUCACGCUUUUGAGAAGCGCACUGGGGAAUUUGGUGAAUACCAUACCCUAUUGGGAUACGAUUUGAUUGGACUGUUUCUUCUUUUAUAUCAUUGAUGUAUGUAUAUAUUUAAGAAUAUUGUGUAAAACAAGUCGAACCGACGAUACGGUUUCUAGACUCCCAUUGUUUGCAUCGAUAAGAAUUCGAUGGCCUUGGGGAGAUUCUUUACUAUCUUUAAUGUAUUUUUUGCACGUAGAUAGUGUACGAGUGAUAAAGGUUUUUGCAACCUUACUGAGAUCGAAUUGAAUGACAUUAUGCGAGCGUGUAUACGUGUUUGGUGCCAAACGAAUACUACGUUUUAUGUGCACGGAAGUUUGAUAGAUAGGUCGAUAAAUAUUUGUCAAUUAAGCAAUCUCCCAUGAUACUAACGUUUAAUCGACAUUUAAUUUAAUCGAAAUACGUUUAUGCUGGUCAUAAUCGUCAAUUUAUUCUACUUAUUACAUUUCAAAUGAAGGUUUUCGCCGCUCUAAACGAAACGAUAAACAGUACACGUUGAAAAUAUUGAAAUAAUACUAAUUUAAAAUAUUAAAUUAUAAUUACGAAAUGUUAUAAUAAAAAGCACAAAUAACUAAGUACCAUUAGAAACUAAUUUGUUGCAUCAAGUUGCAUGAAAUGUUUAGCAUAGAUAAUUGCAAGAUACCUAGAUAGAAAGCAGUCGAGCUUAUUGAAGUUUAGCUUCGAAGAGGUAUAGGUAUAAGUAGCUAGACUCAGACCAAGUGUUCCUGGGACCUAGAGUAAGGACGCAAAAUACGAAGAAUUUCGUAUAUUGACCUGCCUGUUCCUAUCUCUGUCACCCGCGCACAAGUAUAUAGCUAUCCCGCUCGGGCACAGCAGCAGUAUAAUUACGCGCGUGCGAUAGAGAUAAGGAACAGACGUGUCAAUGUACGAUAUUCUACGUGCUGGUCCUUACUUUAAGCUAACUUCACAUCACAAAAAACGACUGAAACCAAUUGUGUCCUCAUAUUUAGCACGUUGGCGUGAGUUUAACUACGGAAGAGAGGUCUAUAUGUAUAGAGGUCACUCAGACCAAGCGCAGCCGGGACCGGGGCGAUUUUAACUUGUCAUCCAUCACAACCGGGUGUAUAAUACGCUUUAAAAGUGUGGUCUGAUAUGUCAUGUUCUGAAAUUUCAAUGUUUGUUUGUAAUAUUGUUGAUGAACAACUGAAAAUUUUUCGGUCUCCGUUGUAUAGUCCGACAAGAAAUUGUAGAAAAUUAUUGAGGGCGCCACUUCCUACGUAACUAUCACGUUUUUGACGUAAAAUGCUUAAACAUGGCAAUUUAGUAUGGACAUUUUUUAGUUCCAUUUUAUUUAAUUUCUACUAUUUUAUGUCGCACUAUGAAGCGCAUUGGCUUGAGUUUAACUACCUAGACUCAGACUAAGCGCGAGGACCGAGAAGACCUUUACAUGUCAUCACAAUAAGAUUUCCAUAAAUAUGUUUGUUGAUGACGAACUGAAAACGCCUCGGUCCCUAUAAAGCGUUGGUUUGAGUUUGAUCUGUAGGAGUUCUCCGUCCUCGCCAUGACAGAUUAUUCCUAUAAAGCUUGCCCGUAGAUAGUGCGUACAAAUAAGUUGUAGAAAUGAAACGGAUAUACGAAGCCAUAUUAAAAAGACUACGCUCUCUUGGUAAUUUAAAAUUGAUGGCAAUGAAUUUAUAUUAAAUAAGACUAAUAAAUCUAGGGAAAUCUAUCAAGAAAUUGACAUUUAAUGCUAAUGUAAUAAAUCAAAAAACUCUAUGUAAAUUUAUAAGCAAAUUUAUGUCGAAUUAAGAAAUUAAAUGAUAGUGAAUGUUAGAUGUUUUAAGGAAUGGUUGUAAUUCGAUCGAAGGGACCUGGAUUACUAAUGAUCACACUGGAUUGAUCUCAAUUAUGUGCGUGCAAACAGGUUAUUUCUUUAUGUUUAAUGAUAUAAUAUGUAUCUUGUAUUUUUAACUUUUCGCAGUUGAAAAUACUUUCCCAUAAUAGGUUUUGCUUCGUUUCUUACUAUUUGUAAUAUUAAGUACUAAUUUAUAUCUUUCAUUCCUAAGGAGCAUUUAAAAAUCAACUUUUCGUAAAUUAUUUUUGAAAUUGAAUACUAUGAAAUGUGUAACUAACUAUAUUUCAAUGAGACUUUCUGUAUGAAUACAAUAAUUAUAAGUGCCAUUAGUGCUAGGCCAUGUAGAUCGCAGCGCGGGUAUUGUAAGAAUAUUCUAAGUUCCAUCACGUGAAGACUUCCUAUAACAAAUCAAAUUGGUAAUUUGCUAGAAAAAAUUGUUAAACUUUUGAUGGGUGGCAGGCUCUAAUGAAUUGUUUUGCGUCUAGUCAGACUGGUAUUAUUUAUUUACUUUAUAAUACGGCUACAUAUCAUUUUUAUGGUAACAAAUUCAAUAUUUUCAUGAUACUUUACCAGAAAUCAUUUUUUAAUUGGGUGUGGCCAUAUUUUUGUCGGAAUUUUAGUUGUAUUUUUCCUCUCGUAUAACAUACAAAAGUACAAAGUACGAGGUGUAACUACAAUUUCCCUUUAUUCAAAAUACGAUAUUAUUUUGAAUUUAAUUUAAUUAUGUGAACCGCCACGCACUGGUAUUUAUUGUUAUAAGUACUACUUUCGUAAAAAUACUGUAAUAAAGUUAACUAAUGCUAAUAUUCAUAAACGACCUUUUCAGUUAACAUGACGGCUAUAACCGCGAAAAUCGAACUUCGCAUAUUGCGGGCAUCUUCCUCUGUCACUCUAAUUAAGUCUUCAUUGGAGUAAAAGAGAAAAAUCCCCGCAAUUUGCGAAUUUCGGUUUUCGCUGUAGGCCCUCUGUUUAUAAUGCCAUUUUAACUGAUAACGGUAUAUUCAGAUUUAUGAAUAACAGGGUUAAUAUUUGCAAGCUGACAACAUUGCAACACUUGAGACUGAUAAUUUUAGUUGUCGUUGUUAAUGUUUGAAAUAUUGAGCGUUAAUUGUUUAUAUGUAUGUCAAGAGGUAUGCCUGAGCCUCAAUUGCCACCAUAGUAAAAUUCCCUUUGGCUUAUCACACCUAUUCAUGUAAUAUUUUACUCUAGCCACGUGAAAUGUUUGGCCUCGGGUGGAUCAACUUUUGUGUUGAUAUUCUGUACCGUUUAUUAGAAGAAAUGUUGCAUCAUGAUCAUGCUCUACUGUUUGCUUAGUUGAUGGCCCAUUAUGAAUGGCUUAUAAAGUUCUAACUAUCACAUACAUAUUUGCAUGUUUGGUAGAUUUUAUUACCGUACAAUCCAGAUUAUAACGGUAAUUCUUCCCUUAGACAACUAACCGGACUGUAAAUUCAUAAAAGCUCAUAAAUCUGGCGCUGGAUUUCUCAUUUUGUAGAUUUUUCGAACGUUGGUUUGAACGAUCAAAAAUUUCCAUAGAAAUUCAGCGCCAGCUUUCGUAAAACGACCUAUUAACCAUGGUAACGCUAUGGAGUGACACAAUAAUUUGAUUCACCCUCUUACAAACAGGACGUUAGGUGUUACGUAGAUAAACCUAGUACUCCUAGUAGUAAUAGUACAAACGCCUCAGUGUCAGUAACCGCUUCGUCCAAACACGUCGCUUGCUUCAGGUGCUAAACACUGUUGAUUAUGUUGUAAGAAUCGGAACACUUCUGGAAUUGUAAUGCCCAGUUAAUGCAAAUUUUAUCCGUAGCUGAAUACUUAAGUUUGUAUUAAGAAUCAAAUUGUGAAAUCAUGUGAUGUAAAUAAUGUGUAAAUAAAAUAUUCAGAAAUCUA